AUGGCAUCGGGAAGCUGCAUGUGUGGAGCUGUGGGCUACAAGUAUGAGGGCGAGCCAGCGGUGACGGCACUCUGCCACUGCAUCGAUUGUCAAAAGUGGACUGGCGCCGCCUACACCUCCAACGUAGUCGUCCCACGAACCAGCUUCAAGGUCACCAAAGGCCAGCCAAAGGACUACGAUGCCGUUGGCGCAUCGGGAAAGAUUAACAAGCAUUGGUUCUGCUCAAACUGCGGCUCAUCCCUCUACACCGAACUCGAAGUCAUGCCGGACAUGACUUGUGUCAAGAGCGGCGGUCUCGAUGGCGGCGCGGCUGAUCACAAGAUUGGCGUGGAGUUUUACACAAAGGAUCGUUUGGCGUAUUCCGCUCCUGUUGCUGGCGCGGAUCAGAAGCCGGAGUUUUCUUAG